AUGUCUACAUUGUCUGACCCCACUUUCACGAACUAUACCAACGACCAGGCUCAGAAGUACGCCCAGCUUCGUGGUACAUACGCAGAUCCUUUAUUGAACACUAUCAUCGACCGCCAUGUGAAAACUGGGGGCAAGUUCGAAGUACUGGCGGACGUGGGUUGUGGCCCUGGUAAUGCGACCAAGCCUCUUGCCCGCUCAUUUGACUAUGUAGUCGGUCUAGAUCCCGGAGUCGAGAUGAUCAACACUGCCCGAGGACUGGGGGGCAAAACGGCGAUUGGCCAGUCAAUUAUCUAUGCUGUCUCCGGCGCUGAAUCAAUUGCGAGCUCUAUUCGUGAACACCUGCCAUCUGUGGAAGAAAACAAAGGGGUGGAUAUGGUCACGGCUGCUAUGGCAGCCCAUUGGUUCGAGAUGCCCAAAUUCUGGUCAGAAGCUGCUCGCAUAGUGAAGCCAGGUGGCUCGGUAGCGCUUUGGACUCAUUCGUCCCUUUUCUGCCAUCCAUCAACCCCAAAUGCCGAGCAGGUUCAAAAAGCACUGUUCUAUCUUGAGCGUGAAAUUCUAGCGCCCUACGAGCUUCCAGAAAACCGUCUUUCCCGCGACUAUUACGAUAACCUUCCUCUUCCGUGGACUAUAGGCGAUGACAUCGUGGAAAAAGCAUUUCCCAAAGCAGCAUUCGUACGAAUGGAGUGGGAUCGAGACGGAGUUCUCACUGAUGGCAAGAAUUUUUUCAACGGCUCUGAUGAGACGACCGUUAAGGGAAUCUCAGACAGUCUACAGACCGCCAGUAUGGUGACUCGCUGGCGAGAGGCUCACCCAGACCUGGUAGAUACAGAUCUGGAUUGCGUGACAGUAGCUAUGGCGGAAGUGAGAAAGGCUCUCGGGAUAGGGAUGGAUGAUGAUCGAACGCUGAAGGUGGGGAGUGCGAUUGUAUUGUUAUUUUUCAAGCGGGAGUAA